AUGAAACCGAAAAUAUCGCAGGAAGCUAUAGAUAACAAGCUCAAAAAACUAACCAAUAUUGAGUUAAUUGAAGUACAGCUGGAGGAAACACGCAAGUUUCUUUCGCAUUUCAUCGACUUGCUUAAAGAUGGCGAUAAGAACGAAGAGAACUAUUUUUCAACGUUGAUGCUUUGCGAGCAAAUAUUUUCACGAAGUAGUCAUACAGAUCGAAAUAUAAUUGUAGUAACCAAAUUAUUGAACACGAUAUUGGAAAUCAUCAACCGGGAUUAUGUGAGUAAGCGAGUGGUUAUCGUGUCGCUUGUAACAAUUCAUCAAAUCAUGGGCCACCUGCACCUUUCGGAGGUAGUACCGCUGCGUAAAAUGUUGCGGGAGAAACUCCCAAUUGUUAAUAAAUACUUCAAUGAAAUGGACAAUUUUAGCAUUAUGUUCUCCAUUGUCGGUUUUAUUUACAAGUAUGUGUGUAAAUACGACCCUACCGACAGAGAAAAUAUGUUUUGGGAUGUAUUGACCGAUUUUGACGAUGGGACAGGCAAACUGACCGAAAUGUUAUCGUGGCCACUAGAAUCGUUCAAUUCGAAAUGCCGAAAGUUUCUGAACAACAUUCCGGGUCGAAAGUAUUUUUCACUGUCAGCCCGAUUAGCAACAUUCGGUGGCAGAACAAUUUUACCGCGUACGGGCUAUGAUUGUAUUUCGUUCGAAUGGAAUUCGCAACCACAGGAACUUUCUUUUGGCACGUUUUGUUUUGAAGGAGAAAGGAACAAAGUGUCUGAAGUAAGUGUCGAAUAUAAAGAUAUCACCACGUUGGACAUCUUUUCGGACAACGAGGACCCGCGUGUUGUAUGCGAAUAUGGAAAAAUGAUUACAUUAGGUGUUGAAGACGAUUCAUACCAGCUAAAGAUUGCUUGUUCGGACUAUAGUGAGCUAUACAAACUAGCUAUCUAUAUAAAACCGCUCAUCCACUCGGUUCAAUAUAUAUCACCUAAACUUCCACAUAUUAAACCUUUGAACGAAGAAUUCAUAAUUGGGCAGCAAAAGCUGUAUGACAGUUUGGAUUUUACCAACCCUUCGUUGGUCAAUGGAAAUAACCAAACCAUAAGCAGAAUUCCAAGAGAUUCAACGCCUCAACAAGCUUCGCGCCCAAUGGCGUUGGAUGAACAUAUUAACGAGGAAAGUAUGGAUGUGCCAGAGCAGGACACGAAUUUCAAACCUUUCGACAACCUGUGGAAAUUUAACUUACUGAACAGCUCCACCAAUAAUAAGCGCCUAAUAUGCGACCCAUAUGAUAUAGCGCACAUGCGAGAGGAAGAAAAAGAACAACGGGAAGAAAUGACUCCAUAUAAAGGGGUUGAAAAAAGGGGAAGAGUCAAAAAAGGUUCGAGUGUUGCUAGCAGACAGCGUUCAAAACCUCAAAUGAACAUCUCAACGCCACUGAGGCAAUAUACCUCAAAAGUAGUGGACCUACCGAACCUGAGGGACCAGGAUGAAUUAUCUUCGAUUGAUGAAAAUAUGGACGAUGAGAAGAUGGAUACUGAGGGAAGCGAUGACACGUACCUACCGUACGCACUGUUAUCUAAGACAGUGACACAUGGCCGUGGAAACCAAAAAGGAAGGAUUCGCCAAAGCAAUGCAUCAACACGUGUACCACUCAAAAGAUUAAACAUGAAGAAGAAUGUAGCAAACAAGAGCGGUCCGGGAACCGGAAGAAGACCAGCUGCAAAGGACAGAAAAGCACAGCAAAGGGGUGUUCGGUCAGGAACAUCAGAAACUGCUGUUUACGAUGAUUCGUGUCAUACAAUGGACACAACGCUACCACAAAACCGUGGUCAAAGCAACGCAGGAAAAACCAACUUCCUAUGCGAAAGAUUAAACGCAAAGAAAACAACCACACAAACUACUACCAAAGUGACGACCACCAAAACAACAGAGGUAGGUAUUGGUGAAUGUACGGAAGUAGGUAACGGGCCAUCGACAGAAACAGCGACACUGGAGGAUGUAAAUACGGCGCCACCGUCCGAAACCGUGCCUGUUCAUGCAACAAAAAAGGUUUACACGAGCCUUUACAAAGUCGAAAAACGUCAAGAGUACAGAGUGCAGCAUGAAGUAAAUCAGCUCGAUUGUUGUAUUAUGACCGAUGCACUAUCGCAAGGAGAUCGUGCGCACAUAUUAGCACACACAAACAAAAUUAUAGAAAUUUUGUCUAAAGCCAGAUUCAUGAAUAGUUAA